ACUGCUCACCCACGGGGGGCUGUUCCAGGCCCCAGGGUCCCACCCUCAUAAUGUCCUGUAUUUGUUUGCAGUUCCCCUGGGUACGUGGCCACCAUGAUCCUGCUCAUCAAUAGUGCCCAUUGCCAAGUGGCAGGUUUCGCUGUAGCCACCGUGGGAUGGAUCCUCUCCACCAUUUGCAUGGGCUUUGCGGAGUGGCGAGUGUGGUACAUGAACAACACCUCACUCCUCCCCUCGGGCCUGGCCCGUGUGGGAAUGUGGAAAAUCUGCAUUUACUACCAUGCUGACAACUUCUACAGAGCCACAUCGUGUUACCAUUACACCUACUGUGAUACUUUUCUCCCUCUUGAUAUUCGUAUUGCUCAAAACCUCCUGCUGAUCGCCAGCAUUCUAGGGCUCUUGGGGAAAGCCUCCAUCACCUUUGCGCUUAGGAAUGUGUACAUGGGAAUUCUUAGGAAGAAUGCCACCUGCAAUGCAUUUGUUGCUUCAGGAAUUCUGAACAUAGCUGCUGGUGUCUGUAUCUCCGUAGCUGUGACCUGGAAUUACCACUCAGUGAUGAAUGAAGAGGGAAUUGCCUUCCCACCAUAUUUCUAUGUGCCCUUCAAGCCGGAUGCUCAGGAAAUUGGCAAUGCCAUUAUCGUGGCAUGUCUGGCUGCCUUCCUGAUGUUGUUAAGUGGAUUGUGUUUCCUCUCUUAUAAAUUCCCCCUGGACAGCCACGUGUGUCCUGAAAUUUCAGAAAUAUAA